AUGGCUCCGGUCAUGAUCAACUUCCAGAUCAAGUGUGCCAUGGCUGAUAUGUGGCGUGAGUUGCACAAGGACGUUCUUGAAGAAUUGUCCAGCAUGUAUUCGAGCGUGUACAGUGGAGACAAGCUCAAGAACUGGCCCACUAUCUUCAUCCUGGCAUUGGUCCUCUUGGCUAUCUGGGAGUGCAUGCAAUUUGACUGCCACCUCCGAGGGGUGUCUACCUCGACCCACCUUUUGUUUCGUUUGAUUGCCUGCACCUUGCCACUCUGUUAUUAUAUCCUCUUUCGCUUCUGUGUUUGUCGCGCCGCUCAGAAUAUCGCCAUGUUUGUGAUCGCGAGAAUCAUCAUGGGCUUCGGCACCGGCGCCUCGUCCAUCGCCGCACCCGUGUACUUGUCGGAGACAGUGCUUGCGAAGCUCCGUGCUGUUUCGCUGGCCCUUCUGUAUGUCUUUUGGUAUGUCGGCUUCAUCUUUUCUUGGCACCAGCGAGAAGAUGGAGAUGAGCAGGGUGGGCGACGCCCAGGCAGAGAUAACGCAUAA